CCACCACCACUGAUCCAAAAUGUCGACCUCCCUCGACCAGCUCAAACAGACUGGGACUGUUGUCGUCUCAGAUUCGGGUGACUUUGAGUCUAUCGAUGUAUACAAGCCACAGGAUGCCACGACCAACCCAUCGCUCAUUCUCGCAGCGGCCAACAAGCCUGGUUAUUCUCGCCUGAUCGAUACCGCCAUUAAUGCUGCAAAACAGAAGGGCGGAAGCCUCGAUAACCAGGUCGAAGCUGCACUCGAUCGAUUGCUUGUCGAAUUUGGCAAGGAGAUCCUCGCUAUUAUCCCUGGUCGUGUUUCAACAGAGGUUGAUGCUCGUCUAUCCUUUGACAAGGAGGCUACCAAGGCGAAGGCCAAGGAACUUAUUGCUCUUUACGAAUCCGUUGGCAUCAAGAAGGACCGUAUCCUCAUUAAGAUCGCAUCGACAUGGGAGGGUAUCCAAGCUGCUCGCGAGCUUGAACAGAACGACGGCAUUCACUGCAACUUGACACUACUCUUUGGUUUCUGCCAGGCUGUUGCGUGCGCUGAGGCUGGUGUUACCCUAAUCUCUCCCUUCGUAGGACGUAUCCUUGACUGGUAUAAGAAGAGUACUGGAAAGAACUACGAGGGUGACGACGACCCUGGUGUCCAGUCCGUCAAGCGCAUUUUCAACUACUACAAGCAGCACGGAUACAAAACCAUCGUCAUGGGUGCUUCGUUCCGUAACAGUGGCGAGAUCAAGUCCCUCGCUGGUAUUGACUUCCUCACUAUCGCACCCGCUCUCCUCGAAGAACUUAAGAAUUCAACGGACCCUGUACCAAAGAAACUUGACGCUGCACAAGCUGCACAGGCAAACCCGAUCCCUAAAGUUUCCUUCAUCGACAACGAACCUGAGUUCCGCUGGGAGUUACUGCAGGAACAGAUGGCGUUUGAUAAGCUCCAUGAAGGUAUCAAGAAGUUUGCGGAUGAUGCGGUGACGUUGAGGAAACUUCUGCGCGAGAAGCUGUCUGCCUAAGUGCUAAC